AUGUAUAAUAGUAGAACUAAUCAAGAUAGAGACACUAGAAACAAAUCACCUAUUAAACCGUUAAGAAAUUUCAACAAUUGGGUUAAAGGAGUAUUGAUCCAUAAAUACGUACCAACACAAUCAACAGUUUUGGAUAUUAGUUGCGGAAAGGGAGGUGAUUUAUUUAAAUAUCACUUUCGUAAUAUCAAGAAUUAUGUUGGUGUAGAUAUUGCUCUUUCAUCUCUUGUAGAUUGUAUUAACAGAUAUAAUGAAAAUUCAACACAAUUUAAAUUUCCAAUGUCUCUAGUUCAUGCUGAUGUAGGAAGGAGAUCAAUUGAAUCAGCUUUACCUAGAGGACUGCUCUUCGAUGCUGUCAGUUGUCAAUUUGCUGUUCACUACAUGUUUGAUGCUGAAGAGCAUGCUAGAACUCUCUUGAGAAACGUUUCUGAGAGAUUGAAAAUUGGUGGUAAAUUUAUUGUCACAACGUCAGAUGCCUAUGUUCUUGUAAAAAUGUUAAGGGCAGCUCAAGGCCUUACUCUUAAGAAUGAGGUGUUCGAAGCAACUUUCCAUUGCACUAGUGAAAAAUCAUUCCCUCAAACAUUUGGUAAUCGUUAUGAUUUCCAAUUAGUAGAUGCUGUUGAUAGAUGUGCUGAAUAUCUUGUUCCUCCAAAACAUUUCAUUGAUUUGGCCAAGGAACAUAAUUUGUCCCUUGUUGAACAUUUGAAUUUCCAUGAUUUUUAUCAAAAGUAUGGCAGUAAUCAAGAAACUAAGGUAAAUGUUAAACCAGAACUCAAAUUGGAAGGUAUGACAGAAGAUCAAUGGACUGCCAUCUAUUUGUACAGAGCUUUUGUUUUUGAAAAGAUUGGAGAUGACACCUCACUAGUUCAAGAUUAUCAAUUUAAUCAACCUUCAGGAUAUAGAAAACUUUCUGAAUCUGACAUUAUCUCACUUAAAUAA